UAUGUGGGAGGAUGAAAAGGCCAUGCUAGAAAAUCCACCUAGUAAACAAAUUAGCGCUCCUACAGCAUGUAAAGUGUUGAUGGUUGAAUGAAUUAUAGAACCAAAUAACGAGAAGCUACAGCUAUUUUUGCACUAGUUUUGCAGUUUUAGUCAGAGGCUUUGCAAGAAGUUAGUUAUAAGGAAGAUGGGGUCAUUUAUAGGAAGGCAAGUUAGUACUAUUGAUUACACUGCAGACAUUGUUCAUAGAAUAUUGAUUCAAAGACGUGGCCUCCUAUAUGCUCAUGAAUGUAGAACUUAUUUCAUCAUAAUCUUAACAUAUCUGGUUAAACCAACCACUGGAAGAAAAACACAACUAUAACAUUGUACACAAUUGGUAAAAAAAGGCUAUAGGCUUUAUAAAAUGUACUGGCACAUAAUAGUAACUUGUUAAAGGGAUAUGAAACCCAAAUUUACAUUUUCUUCUUGCACUUAUUUCCAUUGUUUGUUCAUGUGCACAUCCAUAUAGUCUAAAGGUGUGUGCACGUCUAAAAAUACAGCUCUAUGUGUGCCACCCCACACCCACAUCUGAAUUAAACAUCUAUCUGAGGAACUAACACUUGCUUUUUUUUAACUUUUAUUCUAUUAAAUUCAUGGCUUUUUGUUAGUUGAAGAGGCUAUUACUUUUUGUACCAUUAGUCUUUUGCAGCAUCCCAGUGCAUCACUGAUGACAUCAUCUGAGGUUCCCUGCAGCACCAGGACCUGACAUCAGAGAGUUACCUUUAAAUGCUCUAUAAAAACCAGGAAGUAUCUCACUCAAGAGUAUCUAUAAACUAGAAACUGAAAUGAAAACCAGAGGACUUGCAUCAAAUUCCAUUACAGCAGAGUUGAAGGAAUCCCCGUGGGAUAGGAAACUGUAGAAAUAUCUGCUUUAAAGUUCUGAGACCAGAAGAGGUGCUGAAAGCAAGAAUGCAUAAAUUAAAAAACAAAAAAAGAAACGCCACAACCAGAAGGCGCACAGGAGCACUUAACACAAACCGUAUUGAACAGAACAAUGAUACAGGCUAAACCGCUCCGCGAUGGUAGCCAGUGAUCACCUAACGAACGGAGAUACUACAGACCCAGCAUGCCACAUAAACAGUUGCUUAACAGACCUCAUAGAAUGGAUGAAUGCUAGCUGUCUCAAAGUGAACCCGGACAAAACAGAGUUAGUCUUGGUGAGGGGACCCCGGGCAUCAAAAAUAUCCCACGAUCACCCAACUGGCCUGGAGCUUGGAGGUUCUAAACUCGUUAGUUCAGCAAAGGUACGAAACCUUGGAGUGCUGAUUGACGCUGGACUAUCUUUUAAACAGCAGAUUUCCUCCGUAAUAAAAUCUGCCUACUUUCAUCUGAAAAACAUAGCCAGGAUACAACACUUAAUUCCACAGGAUGAUAUGCCAACUUUAAUCCAUGCAUUUGUAUCCUCUAGGCUAGAUUACUGCAAUGCACUUUACUUGGGCCUCCAAAAAAAAGAACUCCAUCACCUUCAGACAGUACAAAACACAGCAGCCAGACUAUUGACCAAUCAAACUCGCUCCUGCCACAUAACACCUGUUCUCCACUCCCUGCAUUGGCUUCCAAUUAAAUGGCGAACAUAUUUUAAAAUUGGCCUGCUGACUUUCAAAGCCUUAAACAACCAAGGCCCACAGUACCUGAAAGAGCUCCUGACACCCUACAUCCCAUCCCGUUCACUUAGGUCAGCCAACACAUCACUCCUCUCAGUGCCAAGAAUAAGGACAAACUCAGGCUCCAGAGCAUUCGGCCACGCUGCUCCUACUUUCUGGAACUCUUUACCGUGCGCAAUCAGAGAGGCACCGUCCUUACAGACUUUUAAAAAAAGCUAAAGACCCACCUCUUCCAUCAGACAUUCAGUCCGCUUAUCUGACCUUCAGAAACUCCUAAUUUUUAUGUCUUAUGUUGGUAUAUUUGUAAAGUGCUUUGAGUCUCACAGGGAGAAAAGCGCUAUAUAAAUCGCAAAUUAUUAUUAUUAAUAUUAAAAAGAUAGGCAACAAACGCUGUGACACAAGAUACAUAUAAAAGUGAGAAGCAGCAGCAAUUUUAUGAUGUUUUUGGCAAUUCGAUAAGUAACCUUUUAAUCUAAUUACUGAUGCACCUCCCCAAGGUAUCCAUUUGCCAUUACCUGUGACAAUAACAGUUAUUGAAUCACUGUAACUUACAUGGAUGUUGUUAAACAGUGUAAUUCACUGUUGUAUUAAAAAAGCACUAAGCUGUG